AUGCGGGAAGUACUAGAAGAGAUGUUUACCCAUUUCGGGAAAGUUGGUGAACUUUUGGAGAGCAUCUUGAAUGACUGUCUUGGCCUCCCUCUAAAUUUCCUCAAGGAAUAUAAUCAUGACAGAAGCUGGGAUUUCAUGGUAGCUUUGAAUUACUAUCCAGCAACUAAUACUGAAAACAAUGGCAUAAGUGAACAUGAAGAUGGAAAUUGUAUCACAUUCGUCAUCCAGGAUGAAGUUGGUGGACUACAAGUUCGAAAAAAUGGAGAAUGGAUUCCGGUAAUUCCAGCUGCAGGCAGAAUUAUAGUCAAUGUUAGUGAUGUUAUUCAGGUUCUGAGCAACAACAAAUUUAAGAGUGCAACUCAUAGAGCUGUGAGAAAAACUGGCAGAAGCCGACAUUCCUUUGCUUUCUUCUAUAAUAUCCAAGGAGACAAGUGGAUUGAACCAUUGCCACAAUUCACUGAAGAGAUUGGAGAGCCACCAAAAUACAAAGGAUUUUACUACAAAGAUUACCAAGCUUUGAGAAUGAGAAACAAAAGUCAUCCACCAUCAAGGCCUGAAGAUAUUAUUCAUAUUACCCACUAUGCAAUAUCCAGCUAAUUAAUUAGGCAAGCCACAGUAAUCUUAAGAGAUUACGACGGUUUCUAAUUUGCUUUACUUCCUAAAGGCUGUAUUUAAUGUGUUUGUAAGCCAUGAAAUCAGGUUUCUCUUAAGUGAUUGAGCAAAUUUCCUGUUUGUAGUUCUUUCACUUUUACAACAGACAGACUAAUGAAAAUGUGGUUGUA